GUCACAUGCCAUUGUUGUUAAUGUUUUUAUUAAGUUGAUUGCUAAGUUCCAUGUUACUAUCAAUUAUAAUUAACAAACAAUAACAACAAGUUAUCUAUUCAUAUUUUUUAUUAAACAUUCAAACAAUAAAGUAUUAAUAAUAAUUUUUAUAAAUUGUGCCAGUAAUUAUGGGGAGAAUUUGUAUCGUUCGUGGUUGCCGUGAACCAAGAGCAAAUAGUAAAAUUACUCUCUUUGCUGUACCAAAGGAUCCAAUACUUUUUGAUGCUUGGAAAUCAAAUCUUUUAGAAGUAAAAAAACCUUUCAGUGCAUCAAGCUAUGUCUGUGAAAAACAUUUCCAUCCAAGUGAUUUGAUAACACAUUAUAUACAGAAACUACCAACACACAUUUGGUCAUAUCCUUAUGGAAAAAAACGGUUGAAACCUAACGCUGUUCCAUCAUCUUCAAAUAUUUGUGUGACUUCUGGUAAUAAUAAUUUAUCACAUAAGGAGCCAAUAAAAAGUAAUGUUGAUGUACCAAAUAAAACAAAGGUUGAUGUACCAAUUAAAAAAAACGUUAAUGUACCAAUUAAGAGAAAGGUUAAUGUACCAACUAAAACAAAUGUUGAUGUACCAAUUAAGACAAACACUGAUGUACCAAUUAAGACAAAGGUUGAUGUACCAACUGCGACAAAUGAUGAUGUACCAAUGAAAACUAUCAAUGAUGUUUUAAUUGAGGAAAAUAUUAAUGUAUCAAAUGAAACUAAUGAUGUUGAUAUUGGAUCAAACUCUGAUUCAUCAAUUGAAUCAUCAUCUGCAAAUACAGUACAUGUGUCAGCUCAAACUGUAAAUAAUAAAGACCAGGAUAAUAAACAACACAACAACUGUGAAGCACCAUUUACUUUUGACACUCUACUUAUGGAUUUAAAUAAUUUAAAAUAUCCUGGAAGUUGCAACUGGACUUAUAUUUUAACACCUGAUAAGGAAAAAGUAGUUUUUUUAUCAAUGUCAGAUGAUAAUGUGUUACGAAGAGUUGAAAUAUAUGAUGAUUUAAGUUCUCGAAUUUUACUAGAAUUUAUUCUAGUACAUGAUGAUUAUUUGCAUCAUGAAUUUAAAAGUACAAAUGAAGUUGUUGAUUAUUUAAUAACAAUUUAUAAUUGGAACCUAUGUGCCACUUUAAUAAAUUCUAAAAGAAUUAUUUCUAAUACUGUUUGUGGAGGUAUUGCUUCAUGUAAAAAACAGAAUAUUGGUCGACCAGCUUUGAGAUGUACGAAUUGCAAUGAAUAUAGAAAAUCUCAAAAGUGGCAAAAACCUCCACCAACUUAUACAGUAGUAAAAAAAGUCUUAGAAAAAAGAUCUUGUAACAGAAGGUGAAACGAUUUUUAAGCAAAAAGU